AGCAUUUGAAAAAAAGCGGUAACGAGUAAAACCAUCAUGGCGGAACAACAAUUAUUACGAGAACUCGAGGUUGCCUCAGAAAUUCUUCUUGCACCACCAAAUAUCGUCAACAAGGAGCAGAGGCAAUCCGCUGAGCAAGUGUUCUUAAAUUUUAGGAAGACAAAAUCCCCCUACGCUUUGUGCCGCUACAUUUUAGACACAUCUCGUGUGGACUAUGUUUUGUUUGAAGCAGCGGGUCUUAUCAAAGAGGCCCUUAUUAGAGACUGGAGUUUGAUGCAAGAAUCUGACAUAUUGUCACUGCGGCAGUACCUGCUUCAGUAUGUGCUCAACAACCUGGCUCUAGCUUCAUUCGUCCGAGAGAGAAUCCUUCAAGUCAUUGCAGUUAUGGUCAAGAGGGGCAGUGUUGAUGACUUUGGAAUUGAACGAAGUAGUAUAGUCGCUGAAAUAGAAAACCUUAUUUUGAAUGGGGAUACAGUUAAAAAACAUCUUGGGUGCAGUAUCAUCACUGCUCUGAUGCAAGAAUAUGCUACUACAGUCAAAUCAAGUGACGCUGGGUUAACUUGGGAAACACACUUCAAAGUUAAAAAACAAUUUGAGGCAUCUGACCUCAAGAGGAUAUUUAAAUUUUGUGUGGCAGCUAUUUCGGAAUUGAUCAAAGUUGAAACUGUAUUGAGUGAUCCUCAGUCCGUCAGCCUUUUGAGAAGUCUUUUGGCCAUCACAAGCUCAGUCCUUUGCUGGGGAUUCAUAUCUGCUAGUCUGCCCAAGCGACUAAUUGGAAUCUUUGAAACCGUUUAUGAAUCUGAUCAAACUCCAGCUUUGAGAUUAAUAUCAUCUUGGAAAGAUAUCAUCGUAGACGAAAAACUCAUUGGUUGCUUUUUUCAGAUACACUGGAGAGUUAGAGAAAAUUCAGAUCUGAGCCAUUACUCACUAACUUGCUUGGCCCAACUGGCCUCAUUGACUGGACCUGUGGUCACUGAUAUUCAAGUCAAGUCGAGAUUUAUCUCGUGCUACAUUUCAAACCUGAUAUCCUUCCUAAAAAACACAAAAGUAUUGAAUACCGAGGCUUUAGGCACAGCACAAAUUUUCAGGAAACUCCUUACAUUUUACUCACCAACGUUGUUGGUGACGUUACCAAAUGAAUUAUUUUCACAACUCAUCAUCGAGCUCCAAAAGCUCACUUGCCACUUUGCCGAAGGCGCUGCAUAUGAAGAAACUGUUUCUGCUGAAGAUUGCAGGUUCAUAGAAGCUUUUGAGCAUUUGCUGGAGGCAUGGGUGUCGGUUUUGCAGUGCUCACCCAUUUAUCCUCCUUGCUUCAUCAAACAACAUGCAAUACACAUUUUCAACACUUAUCUGUGUUGCCAUUUGGCUCCACCUGAAGGAUCCCGAGGCCAGGGUGGACCUGAGCACAAUGAAGAGGAAAUAUUUGAAACUGACGAGCCUGACCGCGUUCGUUUCAAAGAGCAGCUGAUUAUCAUAGGAAUUUUUGGCAGACAAGUUUUAGAACACAGUCUACCUCUGGUUGCUAAACUUAUUGAGGAGAGAACGGAACAACUCAAAAGCCAGCUACAGAAAGUUUUUUCACAGUCCUACACCAUUUCUGACUCGGCUCAGACAGUCAAUUUGUUUGAAGAUCUGCAUUGGCUGCUUCUUGUUACAGGUCACCUAGUGGCACAGGAGAGUGAAGGAGAACAAGCUUUAAUUCCUUCAGAUCUGAUGACUUAUACUGUGCAACAGUCACAGAACAGUGACGUGCAAGCAAACAUAAAAUUAUUAACAACUAAAGGCAUGACACCCUCUCAGCUACAAGUUCCUGUUGAAUCGCUUGAUGGGAUUGUCAGAGUCAUCUCUGCUGUGUUACGCUUAUGUGAGGUUGAAACGCAAGCACUGGAGGCCAAGAUGGUCUCGGUGAUGAGCCCAGAGCUAGGCUCAACAAUUGUUUGGUUCCUAUCGCAUUGGGCAAAGUCGUAUCUUUUGCCCGUCGAUGCGCUUUACAAUGAGGUCAGUCCAGCGCUUGAAGCUGCUUUUAUCUCGAGCGAAUCUACUAUUCCCUCUUGGGUCAUGAAUCAACUUUUGGAAAAGGUUGAAGCAAAUUUGAGACUAUGCCCAAAUGAGACUUCACUUGCAAAGGACUCUGCAAAUUUGUUACUUACUCUUGUAGACAAGCCAAAGAAAGCUGCGAAAAUUCUUUCCUGCUCGGGAAUUCUUACUGUUGCCAGAUUCCUACACAUUGCACCGAGGUGCCAGCCAGCCAAAAGAGAGUUAACAAGAGGUGUGACAUUGGCCGCAGCAGGAGAGCCUAACCAAACAAAGCGCCUUGAAUAUCUGCAACAAAUAUUAUCUCCAUUUGUGGAUAGAGCCAAUGAGAUGAUGUCGAGCAAAAAUUUCAAGAAAGGGUGCCAUGAAGAGGCUGUUAGAUUGGAGCUCAUUGACCUUUUGGAAUGUCUGAUAGGUGCAAUUCAGUCAAGCAGUAGUUCCUCGGCUGGGUGCAUUUUACAAAUUUUGAACCCCAUCAUUGGAAGAUUGCCUGAUCUGCUGAGUUUUUACAGCAAUUACAGUUUGCUGGUGGAGCUCAUACUCGAGUUCUUAACUGAAUCUGCAAAGAGAACCCUUUGGUGCCUUGAAGAGGACAGUCAAAAUGUCCAGUUUUUAUAUAAGGUGUUCUUGAACGUCAUGCAAGUAUACGCAAGAGAAAACAUUGGGAGAAAAAGUGCCAGUCAUGUCCUAACUGAGGAAGAUUCUUGCAGGGAUCUACUUCUAAUCCUUGAACUUCUUACAUCCAUUGCAUCUAAAAACUUCCUGGAGAAAUUUACAGCAGAGGAGUCGGCUGAAACAGUCAAAGCAGUUGACAUUUGCAUAUUUGGCACCGAAGUCAUCGCACCACUUUUGACGACAGACUUACUACAGUUCCCUCAGUUCUGUUUGAAAUUUUAUGCAAUGGUGACAUUUACUGCGGAGGCUUAUCCUGAGAAAAUGGCAACAGUAUCUGACAAUUUGAUGGUGCCUAUCAUGUCAGCUAUCAACUUAGGACUGACUGCUUUUGGUGCUGAAGUGUGCUCACAUUGUUGCGACUUCAUUGGAUCCAUGUCGAUGCACUUAGCUGCUCACCCUGAACUGGGAAACACAAAUUUUGCAAACUGCAUGCAUAACUUCCUAAAACAAAUGUUCCACCUUAUCAUCACAUGUCAGAUCAAUUCAGACUGCCUUAUGAAUGCCAGCAAGUGCCUUUUCUCCCUGAUCUGCUGUUUCCAGCAAUCCUACCACCAGCUUGUCGACGAAAUUCUCUCUGUUCAGACAGAGGACGUCGCCAGACAAAGAUUGACAAAAGCUUUUGCUGAGCUAACUGCUGACCUGACCCUUGCACCUGACAGAACAAAUACACUGAAAUUCCGUGAGAACUUUGAAAAGUUUGUGGCAAAUGUACAUGGUUUCCUGCUGGUUAAGUAAUUUUUUUUACUUCAAAUUCAAUUUGGCCCAUUUGCUCACAAAUAAUUGGGAUGUAUUGUGUUCUGCGUU